CUUUUCCGGGCCGCCCGCCGCAAGAACCGCACGGUCCGGGAGGCUUUGACUCCCAACCAAUGGGCUACCGACCUGAACCUUGCUUCAUUCACCCCAACCCACAUCAGGGAGUUCAUCGACCUCUGGAUCAGGCUUCAGAACCGUGUGCUGCUUCCGGAUACGCCAGACAGCAUCGUCUGGACCCUCACGCCGAACGGGAUCUACUCGACCAGUUCUGCUUAUAAAGCACAAUUCUUCAGUGCCACGGCUUGCAACUUCCACCGCCUCAUCUGGUCGUCUUGGUCCGACUAGCGAGCAUUUUGCCUUAGCUUUGUCCUCUUUUUCUUUCCUUUUUCUUUGACUUCGGUCAACAAUGUUUACUCCUUCUUGAUCAAUAUAUAGGCAAAUCUUUUGCCUCGUUUCAAAAAAAAAAGUUUAUAUGCAUGUUAUAAUUGCUACGUAGUAUUUCUCUCAAAGACUCGAUAACAAGCUAGUUAGAGAUUUUAACGGGUUACUGAAACCGGACCGAACUCUAAAGUCAAUACUACUUUAUCUGUCCAACAAAGGAUGUUUCAACUUUGACUAAAUUUGAAUCCAGUUCGAGGGUCAAACUGUUGGUAAAACCUAGAUAGUAGUCCGACUUGAAUACUUGAUCAAAUAGGUAACAAGUUAGAUAUCGUUCCAAAAAAAGGAAACCAGACCUAACUCACCCACCCUUGACCCUCGUCCUUUAUAUUUCUUUUCGGAGAUAUCCACCCAAGCUAUAUAUACUUUUGUUUAGAUCUAGUUGGGAGCCGAGAGUUCGAGAAAGAGCACGGCAUACUUGGAUGGACGUGUUACCCGACGAGUUAAUUUGCUUGUUAUAUUCGUUGUUUCUUUGAUGUUCCGGACGUACGGAGUGAAACCGGACCGAACUCUAACCCACCUGCUAAUUUGAGAUUGAUUGGGCUCCUAUAAUUACUCGUACGUAAUUGCCAAACGAAACGAACUGACGGCAUGGAUGUGUUGCCCGACGACAUGGUGGCGAGCGUCCUCGGCCGUCUGGACCCCUCCAGCCUAGCCGGCUGUCGUUGCGUGUGCAAGGCGUGGCGCGCCACCGUGGACGCCCACCGCCUGCUGCGCAAGGACCUCCUGCCGCUCUCCCUCGCCGGCAUCUUGGUCCUCUACCCCACCGACAUCGGCUUCGACGUGGCCCCGACAUUCUUCUCCCGCCCGGCCUCCAUUGACGGGAACCGCAGCUACCUGGACACCUUCAGGGCCGACGACACCGACUGGUCAGGACUCACGUGCCACUGCUGCGGCCUCCUCCUAGUCCGCGAUGGCGUCGUCAACCCCGCCACGAACCAGUGGGCGCGCCUGCCACCUUACCCCCACGAACCGACGCCGGGCAACAAGAGCUUCUUCCAGUGCCCCUUCCUCGCCUUCGAUCCUACUAUCACACCGGUUUCGUCGUCUCCGCAACACUUUGAGGUGUUCUUCAUGCACUGCCUUCGCCACGGCCGGUACUCGAACAGGACCGAAGUAGACCUUGAGAACCCGGGCUCGGAGUGGCCGCCGUCGCCUUUCGUCAUGAGCGCCUUCUCAUCGAAGACAUGGCGCUGGGAGGAGAGGUCUUUUGCCAGGGAAGGGAGGGCUCUACGGUCCAUCGCAAGGGUAAUGCCGUUUUUGCAACGGAUGAAUACCUGUCAUGUUUCCGUGUAUUGGCGCGAACGGCUCUACGUCUACCACAUAUAUUUUAUAACCAGGUAUGUGUACAAUGUUUUAUUGGACUUGGAGGAUAAUAAGUACCGGGUAAUCGAACUCCCCCCGAUUAAUAAAGCAUGCGGAAAUAUUUAUCCAUAUUUCGGGAAAUCCGAGAAAGGCGUCUACUAUGGGUUUGUCUAUGGUUUGUGCAAACUUCAGGUUUGGCUUCUCGAUGAAUCAACUCAUCAGACGACUGGCCAUUGGAUUUUGAAGCAUGACAUCGACCUCGAGCCUUUGCUGGAAAAUUUUCCUUGGAAACAUGGUGAUGGACCUUGGUCUGAGAAAGCUACACUAGAGAAAGAAGAGAAACCAGAAUGGGAUUCAGACAACGACGAUGGCAUUACUACUACUGCUACUGUUACUCGACCGUGGACGCCCACCGCCUGCUGCGCAAAGACCUCCUGCCGCUCUCCCUCGCCGGCAUCUUCGCCGACUACUCCUCCCGAGUCCGGCGAGUACAAUCCCACGAUAUUCUUCUCCCGCCCGGACUCCAUUAACAAUCCUCCCAUCGACGGGGACACCAGCUACCUCGACAUCAUGGGCCACUGCAACGGCCUCCUCCCCCUCUUUGGGGCCGUCGCCAACCCCGCCACACGGCAGUGGGCGUGGCUGCCGUAUUACCCUUUCGACUAUCCAUGGCUCAACGAGGACUUCCUCCAGCGUCCCUUCCUCGCCUUCGAUCCUACCACUACGACUGAGCUAGACCCUGCCAACCCGGGCUCCGAGUGGCCGCCAUCGCCCUUCGUCAUGAGCGUCUUCUCGUCGAGGACAUGGCGCUGGGAGGAGAGGUCUUUUGUCAAGGAUGGAAUGGCUCUACGGUCCAUCACAAGCGUGGCGCCAUUUCUGGAACGGGUGUCGUCCCGCCAUGAUGCCGUGUAUUGGCGCGGACACCUCUACGUCUGCCACAUAUAUUUUAUUAUGAGAAUAAACUUAGAGGACAGCAAGUACCAGGUUUGGUUUCUUGAUGAAUCAACUCAUGGGACGCAUGAGUGGACGUUGAAGCAUGAUAGCGACCUCGACCUCGAGCCCUUGCUGGGAAAUUUCCCUUGGAAACAUGGUGAUGGACCUUGGUCUGUACAAGGUCAUUCUGUCAAUGCUGAAGCUACACUAGAGAAAGAAGAGAAACCAGAAUGGGAUUCAGACAAGGAUGAUGGUAUUAGCAUUGCUACUGAUGCUGAUGAUAUUAUCUGGAAAGGAUUUAGUAUUUCCAUACUUGGAUUUCAUCCUUACAAAGAGAUUGUCUUUUUGUACACAUCAUCCGACAGAGUAAUGGCCUAUCAUCUUAAUAGCUCCAAGGCUGAGGAUCUCAUUUCUUUACCUUUAGACCUCUUUGAUUAUGACAUGCAAAUGCAAUUAGGGUUGUCUUUUACAUACACCCCUUGCUGGAUGGAGAUCAACUGCUUGAGAGAGACCAGCGUCGAUCGAGCUCUAGGUCAGCUGUAGCAUGUAUUAAUUGCUUGGAACAUGUUGUCUAGUUAUGGUUGAUUGUUUGAGAGAAGUUGUUGGACUCGUUUGACCUUUUGUAUACAAGCGUAAAAAAGAUAAUUUCCGA